AUGCGUUACUCUCUCGCUCUGGGUGCCCUUUGCGCCGCUGGUGCCUUGGCCAACAAUGUUGAUAAGCGUUCUUAUGUGACCGACUGGACCGUUGUCACCUUGACCACCACCAUCACCGAGUACCCUACUCCCACGGUCUAUGAGAACGUUGCCGCGCAAGAGGCCACUGCGGCUGCUUCCUCCUCCAGCGCUGCUGCCGCUGCCGCUGCCGCCGAAUCGUCCAGCUCUGCCGCUGCUGCUGCUGCUGCUGCCGCCUCCGCCUCCGCUGAGGCCUCUUCCUCCGCCGCUGCCGCUGCCGCCGCCGCUGCUGAGGCCAGCACUUCGUCUGUUGUCACUCCUGUUGAGGUUGCUACUUCCUGGACCUCCGCCUGGACUUCGGCUUGGACUUCGUCCUGGUCUUCGACUGUCGCGCCGUCCACCACCCUGGCGACUUCGACCUCGUCCAGCGCUAGCUCGACCGCCACCAGCGCCUACCAGUCCGCGGUCUUGUACAACCACAACGUCCACCGCAGCAACCACUCCGCUAGCUCCGUCGAGUGGUCUUCUGACUUGGAGUCGAGCGCCUACACCCUGGCUGCGAAGUGUGUCUAUGAGCACGACACUUCCAUUGAUGGCGGUGGCUACGGUCAGAACAUCGGAUAUGGCGUUGAGGCUUCUGAGAUUGGCGUCAUGAUCACCAACCUCAUGUACAACGACGAGAUGGGCUACUACACCGACCUGUACGGCGAGGCCGACCCUGACAUGACCUACUUCGACAACUGGGGCCACUUCUCCCAGAUUGUCUGGGCUGCCACUACCCACGUUGGUUGCGCUACCGUCACAUGCGACAGCCUGGGUAACGUUGAUGCCUCCGAGGCCCUGCCCUUCACGGUCUGCAACUACAGCCCUGCCGGAAACUAUGAGGGAGAAUAUGCCACCAACGUCAAGCGCCCUCUCGGCCAAUCUGUUUACGUUGCCUCCUAG